AUGCCGCGCCUCGCCCCAGCCCUCGAAAUCUUCCCCACGCUCGCCCGCUUCCAGACCAUUCGCCCACGGCGCCUCGCCGAAGUCCCCAUCGGCGGGCCCUCUCACGAAGUCUCACCAAGAGCCCUACAGCAGAGCGCCAUCCACCUGUACCACGACCUCGGCGUGAUUGUUUUUGCGGGGUGUUCUGUCGCCGAGGUGUGCCGGAUAGGCGAUGUGCUGAAGGAGGUUGUCGCUCUGGGCGGGCCGGGCGGCGUGGUGGCGAGGCUAGAUGGGUGGGAGGGCGAGGUGGUGAGGAGGAGAGAGAGGAGCUUGAAGGGGGAAGGGGAGUUGUAUAAGGACUUGGACGAGAAGAGGACCCGGUUCGAAGAGACGCUCAAGGAAAGGAUACCGGAGCUGAGGACGGCAAAGAAUAUCGACAUACGAGAAACGCAAGUCAUUCUCCCGGGUUCACCUCCCCCGAGAGGAAUCAUCAAUAAAACGGCCAACGGCCCGCGCCGCCUCCCCAUCGAAUCCUUCACAACAAUGGGCGUCAACCGCGUCAGCGGCUACACUAUUGGCGAGACGCGCUUCUUCACCGUCGGCUCGGGAAACUACGUUGGUGGAGCACGAGUCGAUUACCUGAUGCUAAAAUACGAAGAAGAGAAGCAGAAGAAGGAUGGCGAGAAGAAUAAGACCAAGAGUGCGAGCACGAGCACGGGCAUAAGCGUGAAACCAUUCUGGGGACAUGGGAACCUCAAGCAGAGACGGAGGGUUGGCUAUGAGGAGCAGACUGCGAUUUUCGACCAGGUUAUCGGCAGGCUGAUGCAGCCGCUGUGGGAACUGGAGCGUAGUGUGUGGGCUGACAAGGCGGAGGAGCUGGAGAGGCGGAGGGAGAAGAAGAAAUGGAGAGGCGACGAUACCCAGGUGAAUGAUGCUUGA